UUGUUACCCGGCCGGAUCGUGGCCUCAGCAGUGCAAAGCUACUUAUUUGCGUGUCCACCCUAAAACGAAAACUGAUUCCAUUUUCAUUUUUCAGCUUAGCUCCUAACAUAACAUGGUACGUGAAGAUUUGCUUUCCGAAUGAAGAUUUCCAAAUUCAAGUGUGUGCGUGCAGCCCGUGCUUGUCGUGUGACACCCCCAGCUGGCAAUUAAUCGUCCCCCGUUAUGACGCCUGCAUCAGCAAUUCCAUCAUCUCCCAUCUCCCAUACGGCCUUAUAUACAACCGUCAGCUCCUACACUGAUCAGCCACGCCAAGGGCUCAUCAUAAUUUCCGCGUACGUGUAACCAGCCUGCGAGGACUGAUCAGCCACGCCAAGGGCGGCGAGCUAGGCAUCCAUCCAUCCAUCCACAUGGCGAAGCUUGCUCUCGGGCACCUCCGCGAGGCAGCCGAGCCCGGCUGCGCCCGCGCCGUGCUCGCCGAGGCCGUGCUCACCUUCCUCUUCGUCUUCUCCGGCGUCGCCUCCGCCAUGGCCGCCGGGAAGCUGGGCGGCGGCGCGGACACGAUCAUGGGCCUGACGGCGGUGGCUUCGGCCCACGCGAUGGCGGUGGCCGUGAUGGUCUCGGCGGGCCUCCACGUCUCCGGCGGCCACAUCAACCCGGCCGUCACGCUGGGCCUGGCGGCCGGCGGCCACAUCACGCUCUUCCGCUCCGCCCUCUACGUGCCUGCCCAGCUGCUCGGCUCCUCCCUCGCCUGCCUCCUCCUCUCCUUCCUCUCCGGCUCCGGCGCCGGCGCUCCACCAAUCCCCGUGCACGCGCUGGCCGCCGGCGUGGGCGCCGCGCAGGGGCUGCUGUGGGAGGCCACGCUCACCUUCUCGCUCCUCUUCGCCGUCUACGCCACCGUCGUCGACCCGGCCCGCACCGUGGGGAACCUCGGCCCGCUCCUCGUGGGCCUCGUCGUCGGCGCCAACGCGCUGGCUGGUGGGCCGUUCUCUGGCGCGUCCAUGAACCCGGCGCGCUCGUUUGGGCCUGCGCUGGUGACGGGAGAGUGGGCUGGGCACUGGGUCUACUGGGUCGGCCCGAUGAUCGGUGGGCUGCUUGCUGGGCUUGUUUACGACGGGGUGUUCAUGGUCCGGCCAGGCCAUCAGCAGCUUCCAACAGACGACGCGGAGUUCUGAUGUUUAAAUUCCCUGGGGAAAAUAGUUCGAAAACUUUAGAAAAUAAAAAUAAUUCGAUCUUUUGAGAAGUUAUUUGUGUAAGUAUGUUUGUUGCUGGGUGCUCCGUAGUACAUGCUCCAUCCAUUUCUCGUUGACGUAUUUUAUUUGACAAUGCUUUAACCAAUGAAAACUCUAUUGAUAUGUGUUUUUCAUACAUGAAAUUAUAUUAAUA